GGUCACAUGAGCUUCAGGAGCUUGUUUGGCCAGCCCAGGGCGCCAUGUCUUGGAGCCGGUCCAUACACUGGAGAUGCUGGUUGUACUUUACGGAAUGGCGCUGCUAGCACAGCGCUUCAACACUCAUUGCUGAAUUCUCAACGGUAAUAUAUUACUUUUACACUAACGGUUUAUGGGUGAGGUAACCUAUGAAAGUUCUUGAUCAUGACCACCAAGUCGUCUUUGUUAAAGGUGAUUCUGCUGGGGGAUGGUGGUGUGGGAAAGUCCUCCCUCAUGAACCGGUAUGUCUCCAACAAGUUUGAUUCCCAUCUGUUCCACACAAUCGGUGUAGAGUUCUUAAACAAAGAGCUGGAGGUGGAUGGUCACAUGGUCACUCUACAGAUCUGGGACACAGCAGGCCAGGAGAGGUUCAGAAGUCUCCGAACACCCUUUUACCGUGGCUCCGACUGCUGUCUACUUACGUUUAGUGUGGAGGAUAAUCAAAGUUUCUUGAACCUCAACAACUGGAAGAAAGAGUUUGCAUACUACGCAGAUGUCAGGGACCCAGAGAAAUUUUCGUUUGUUGUUCUAGGGAACAAAGUAGAUGUGGCGGAGCGUCAGGUGUCAAUGGAAGAAGCUCAAAGGUGGUGUCAAGAGAAUGGUGGAUAUCCAUACUUCGAAACAAGCGCAAAGGAUGCCACUAAUGUCUCAGCUGCAUUUGAGGAAGCAGUUAGACGUGUGCUGUCAUCUGAAGAUCGCGCAGAACACCUGCUGCCCACAGACACUGUUGAUCUGUUCAGGAAGCCACGGGCGAACGGCUCAUGCUGUUGAAACACUCCUUAUGUGUUAGCAAAAAAUGCAUACUCCAUGCCAGAAAAACCUCCUAAUUUCAUAAUUUUUGUCAUUGCAGAGUUAAAACAUCUUAAACACUGGUCUUUCUCUGAAUAAUGAACAUAAUU